AAAGAAAGAAGCCAUAUUUUUUAAGGCUUUCUUUCUUUCAUCAUGGCCUCUGACAUCUCGUUUGAGGAUCUCAAGAACAAUGUUGAUCUUGAAAAGAUUCCAGUUGAAGAGGUCUUUGUGCAGCUUAAAUGUACCAGACAGGGUCUAACAUCUGCAGAAGGACAGAAGAGGCUCCAGAUUUUUGGUUACAAUAAAUUAGAAGAGAAAAAAGAGUGCAAGGUCCUUAAGUUUUUGGGUUUUAUGUGGAAUCCUCUAUCAUGGGUCAUGGAGUGUGCAGCUAUCAUGGCCAUUGUAUUGGCCAAUGGAGGGGGCAAGCCACCGGAUUGGCAAGAUUUCACUGGUAUUGUAGUGUUGCUUAUCGUCAACUCAACCAUCAGUUUCAUUGAGGAAAACAAUGCAGGCAAUGCAGCAGCUGCUUUGAUGGCUGGUCUUGCACCCAAAACCAAGGUGUUGAGGGAUGGAAAAUGGGGUGAAGAAGAUGCAUCAAUUUUGGUACCUGGAGAUUUGAUUAGCAUCAAGUUGGGUGAUAUCGUCCCUGCCGAUGCCCGUCUCUUGGAGGGAGAUCCUCUCAAAAUUGACCAAGCUGCUCUCACUGGUGAAUCCUUGCCAGUCACAAGGAACCCUGGUGAUGAAGUCUUCUCUGGUUCCACCUGCAAACAAGGCGAAAUUGAAGCUGUUGUCAUUGCCACCGGUGUCAACACUUUCUUUGGCAAGGCUGCUCAUCUUGUGGACAGCACCAACAAUGUCGGUCACUUUCAACAGGUGUUGACAUCUAUUGGCAACUUUUGUAUCUGCUCAAUUGCUGUGGGGAUGGUGAUAGAGAUCAUUGUCAUGUACCCCAUCCAGCAUAGGUCUUAUAGAGAUGGCAUUGAUAACUUAUUGGUGCUUCUCAUUGGUGGUAUUCCAAUUGCCAUGCCUACUGUCUUGUCUGUGACCAUGGCAAUUGGGUCUCACCGUUUGUCCGAACAAGGAGCCAUCACCAAGAGAAUGACAGCCAUUGAAGAAAUGGCAGGGAUGGAUGUUCUUUGCAGUGACAAAACUGGAACUCUCACCCUUAAUAAGCUUACUGUGGAUAAGAACUUGAUUGAGGUCUUUCCCAGGGGCAUGGACAAGGACACCCUUGUCCUAUAUGCAGCUAGAGCUUCAAGGACUGAAAACCAGGAUGCCAUUGAUUCAUCAAUUGUGGGAAUGUUAAGUGACCCCAAGGAGGCAAGAGCAGGAAUCACCGAGGUGCAUUUCUUGCCUUUUAAUCCUGUGGACAAGCGCACUGCUAUUACCUUCAUUGACAGCAAUGGUGACUGGCACAGAAGCAGCAAAGGUGCUCCUGAGCAAAUCAUUGAACUCUGUGGCCUUAAAGGAGAGGUCUUGAAAAGGACACACAAGGUUAUUGAUGAAUAUGCUGACCGCGGUCUGCGUUCCUUAGGUGUUGCUCGCCAGAGUGUUCCAGAAAAGACGAAGGAGAGUGCUGGAGAUCCAUGGGAGUUUUUGGGUCUGCUACCUCUCUUUGAUCCUCCAAGGCAUGAUAGUGCCGAGACCAUUCGUCGUGCUAUUGAACUUGGAGUCAAUGUUAAAAUGAUCACCGGUGACCAACUUGCCAUUGGCAAAGAAACCGGUCGCAGACUUGGAAUGGGCACCAACAUGUACCCUUCAUCCUCCCUCCUUGGUGAUUCCUCGGACGCAGCCCUCUCUUCAAUCACAGUUGAUGAACUCAUUGAGAAGGCUGAUGGAUUUGCCGGAGUCUUCCCUGAGCACAAGUACGAGAUUGUAAAGAGGUUGCAGGACAGAAAGCACAUUUGUGGCAUGACAGGAGAUGGUGUGAACGACGCACCAGCACUGAAGAAGGCAGACAUCGGCAUUGCGGUGGAUGAUGCAACAGACGCAGCAAGGAGUGCCUCUGAUAUUGUUCUGACCCAACCUGGACUCAGUGUGAUCGUGAGCGCUGUGCUGACAAGCAGGGCCAUUUUCCAGAGGAUGAAGAACUACACAAUCUACGCUGUUUCCAUCACAAUCCGCGUUGUGUUUGGGUUCUUGCUCGUUGCCUUAAUAUGGAAGUUCGACUUCUCUCCCUUCAUGGUUCUCAUCAUAGCCAUCUUGAACGACGGAACCAUCAUGACCAUAUCAAAAGACAGGGUGAAACCAUCUCCUUUGCCUGAUUCAUGGAAACUUAACGAAAUCUUUGCAACAGGAAUCGUUCUUGGAGCAUACAUGGCCAUCAUGACGGCAGUCUUCUUCUACCUCGUUCAUGACACUCAUUUCUUCUCUGUAAGCAACAGCCCCAGUUUCAAUUACAUAUUACAUAUUAUAAAUAUAACAAAUGUCCAUAAACAUAAUCAUCUGAUGAAAGUGUGUUUACUCUUAUUUCAGGAUGUCUUUAAAAUACGUUCAAUUGCAGAAAGCGAGGAACAGCUUAACUCUGCUCUGUACCUUCAAGUGAGUAUCGUUAGUCAGGCACUGAUCUUUGUCACGAGAUCAAGGGGCUGGUCAUAUCUGGAACGCCCUGGCGUGAUGCUCAUCGUUGCCUUCAUUUGUGCCCAACUGGUGGCCUCUGUGAUUGCUGUGUAUGCACAUUGGGACUUUGCGAAAAUCCAUGGAGUUGGGUGGGAAUGGGUUGGAGCAAUCUGGGUCUACAGUAUCAUCACCUACAUUCCUCUUGAUAUCCUCAAAUUUCUCAUCCGCAUGGGGCUAACAAACUGUGCUUGCGACACCACGCACCCAAACAAGCCUUAGAACAAGUAUUGAAUCAUUACCUCAUUCUCCAUUUUUUUCAUUUAUGCCAUUUUUUCGGAGAAAAACCUGAAAUGCACAGGUUCUCCAGUUCGAUG